CUCACAUAUUUUUGCAGCUUGAAACGUCAAAUCUUCCAAAAUUCAACUGGUCUGCAUUUGGUGUGCAUCAUCUGCAGACCGUUUGGAGUGAAACCAAAAGUAGAAUAUACCAACAACUAUCCAAACACACGUUGGGCCUGUGUGUGUGCAUAAGAACACAUCAACAACAACACAAGCAACCCAGAGAAUGGAUUAAGCAGUGUUCAAAUAGAUCUGUGAAUAAUUAUUUAGAAGUGUCAUGAGAAAGUAAAACUAACUCGCAAACCGAGGCGAUAUCCAUAUCCAUCCACCCACGACAAAAAACACGGAAUACGAAUACGAAAAAGUGCAAUAAGUGAAAAUUGAUUUUUAACCAGUGUCAAGUGUAAAUUGAGACCACAAGAACAACAAGAUGGUGCAGAAAUUUCAGUCCCCCGUUCGGGUCUACAAACAUCCCUUUGAGCUGGUGAUGAAGGCUUAUGAGCGACGCUUUCCCAAAUGCCCACAGAUGCCCAUCGUCCUCGACUGCGAUAUCAUCAAGGAUGAAUCGCUGGAGAAUGGGGCAAAGCGGAACACUAGCCGUCGCUGCAAGCUGGCUGUGGAUGCGCCCUACAUAUUCAAGAAGCUGAUUGGCGUGGAUUUUGUGUACUUUCUGCAGCACAACUAUCUGGAUAUGAGCGCCCGCACGCUGAGCAUCGAGGCCGUCAACGAGAGCUUCUCCUCGCGCAUCGAAAUCUUCGAGCGGUGUCGCUACUACGCCCAUCCGGACAAUGCCGAAUGGACGUGCUUCGAUCAGACUGCCACGCUGGACAUUAAGAACUUUUUUGGCUUUGAGCAUUCCAUGGAGAAGAUGGGCAUGAAGCAGUACACACAGACAACGCUCAAGGGCAAAGAGAUUAUUGAGUUUUUCAUCAGUCAGCUGGAGGAGGAGGGCAUCACACAUGUGGAGCGUUGGGUGCCGCCACUCGAUGCCCCCAAGUCACCCACACCCGAAAAGGAACAGCAUCAACAUCACGAUAUUCUGCUGGAUGGCGAUUUUAUAGCCCGCAAUUUGGGCCAACUGUCACCGAUGCAAGAGUCCAAGCUGCUGGAGCUGCGAAAAAUGCUCGAUGGUGUCGAUGAUCUGGAGCGUGUGCCCAGUUAUCAGACCAUCCUGCGUUUCUUGUCAGCCAGAGACUGGCACGUGAGCCAGGCCUUUGCCAUGCUCCGCGAUUCGCUGCAAUGGCGCAAGGAGCAUCGCAUUGAUGCUCUCCUCGAGGAGUACACCAAGCCAGCGGUGGUGGUGGAGCACUUCCCAGGCGGUUGGCAUCAUCAAGACAAGGAUGGUAGACCCAUCUAUAUACUGCGUCUGGGUCACAUGGAUGUCAAGGGUUUGCUCAAGAGUCUGGGCAUGGAGGGGCUACUAAAAUUGGCCCUACACAUUUGCGAGGAGGGCAUACAGAAGAUCAAUGAAUCUGCCGAGCGCUUAGAUAAGCCUGUCUUGAAUUGGUCGCUGCUGGUGGAUCUGGAGGGUCUGUCCAUGCGCCAUCUGUGGCGUCCCGGUAUCAAGGCUUUGCUGUACAUCAUCGAGACCGUGGAGCGUAAUUAUCCAGAAACCAUGGGCCGAGUGCUGGUGGUGCGAGCGCCUCGAGUGUUUCCUAUUGCCUGGACCAUUGUGAGCGCAUUUAUUGAUGAACACACACGCUCAAAGUUCCUGUUCUAUGGCCCCGAUUGUGCACACAUGACGGACGGUCUGGCCCAGUACAUUGACGAGGAGAUAGUGCCAGAUUUUCUGGGUGGACCCUGCAAGACCAUGAUACACGAGGGUGGACUGGUGCCAAAGACGCUCUACAAGAUGAAUUCCCUGGAGGAUCAUGAUGAUGAUGUGACAAUUGUUUCGCCUGCCAGUGGCUCGGCAUUGGCUCCAGUGGCUGUGGCACCUAUGAAGCGUUUAUCGGCAGCCCAUCAGCAUGACCAUCAGAAUCUGUACAAGAGUGUGGAUCUAAAGGCGGGCUUUAGCCACGAGCUGCUCAUCCGUAACGAGGAUCCCAAGAGUGUGCUCACGUGGGACUUUGAUGUGAUGCGCAACGAUUUGCACUUUACGUUGUAUCGAGUCACCCAAGAGCUGCCACAGAAAAAUGAUGAUGCUGUUUCCUACUUUGAUCUGCAGGACUUUGUCGAGGGUGUCAACUACUUCCGGGAGGAGCCAACGCUCGUCUGUCGGCACAAGGAGAGUGUGCAGGGCUCGCAUGUGAUGCACCACAAUGAUAGCUAUCUAAUGCACUGGUUCAGUCCGUCGGGUGCCCAACUGAACCUCUUCUAUGAGGUGCUCAGCUCUGUCAACUACAAGGGCUCGAUGACCAGCCUGCAGUCGGCAUUUUCCUCCAACUCGUCGGCGGCCAGCUCGGUGCAGAGUCGAUGAUAUGAGACGUAUGGUGAGGGUGGACGGGGCACAACAGCUAGGGGUGCUGCUGGUGUUUCUGAUGCUGCAGGUGCUGCACGACCGUCGCCGCUCGAGGUGCCCAUGGAGGCGGCGGACCUGCUGUCAGGAACGCUAAUGGAGAAGAGCCUCAAUCUGUACGACACACCGGAUAUAUUUUUUUAACGGACACCACACCACACCUGCUGCAAUCUCUACUAUAGUUUAGUUCAUAUUUAACCAUUAGUUAAUUUACCAAAAUGUUUAGUUUCGGUUCUUUAUACCCGGUACUCGAGGAGUAAAUGGGGU